UUCGUGUCAACUCUAUUCGGUUAACUUUGAUUCGUCGUAUAGAUACUCGUUGUCCUCCUCAUGGUAUUUGCGACACCAUAGCCGAUUUGCUGCCGCAAAAUCAACAAGGACGAUUAAAUUUUUAAUUAAAAUAUCUUCAGUAAAUCGCGUCAUAAAACUUGCAUCCGUGUAAAAAUUAUUGUAACAAAAUUUCCAAUUAAGUGCAAUGAUUUAUGAAAAUAUUCUGUGCUUAGAAAAAAUCACGUUAGACAGGGUUUGAACGUCAAGCACUUUUACAUCGGUGUCGAUGUCGCAAAAGAUGCAACGCAGGGAAAGUCAACACAAUACCAUAUAUUGGUAAACAAUUGACGUUUCGAGAGCAACGGCCAUGAAACGGAUAUACUAAAUAUGGAUGUGGUGUGGCAAAUUUAGGAGAAAACGUCAAAACCGACAGCAUGAUAAGUCUAACAGCGAAUACCAUUCGAUUGCAAUCAUUCCUAUGCCUAGUUUUGCACAUAAAUAUUGUUUUCUAUCAUAUCAGCGCAACGCCUCAGAGCAGUUUGAAUGCUGCGCGUGCGAAAAUUCUCGGCUCGACAGAGAUUCACGUGAAGCGGGAUAGUACAAUAGCACUGGCCUGUUCGGUGAACAUUCAUGCUUCUUCCGUUUCGUGGUAUCACGGCUCAUCGGUUGUCGACUUUGAUUCCCAGCGCGGUGGAAUCAGUCUAGAAACGGAGAAAACGGAUGUGGGUACCACUAGUCGUUUAAUGCUAACACGCGCUUCAUUGCGUGACUCUGGAAAUUACACCUGCGCACCAAUUGGCGCGGUACCAGCGUCAGUACGAGUACAUGUCCUCACUGGUGAACAACCUGCGGCUAUGCAAACUGGUACAGCAGAUAGCGUCUUCAUAGAAAGUCCUGCAUAUUUAAUAAUUGCUGCUGUAUUUAUUGCUGCUUGGAACCAAUACUUAAUCAUAUCACAGACGACUUCCAGCUACGCCAACUGUAACUUGUAUCAACGAAGACCUAAAUUUCCACUUAUGUAAAAAACGAUGCAACUAUGCGAAGCUGGCUGGGUAUUCUUUAUAUACAGAACGCAAUACCACACUGAUCAAAGACAUUUGUAAGACAAACAAUAAUACUAUUUAUUAUUAUAAUAAAACUUAUCACGAUGAUAUAAAUUGCAAGAUAACACCGUGCGAUAAAAACAAAACAAUUUUAAAACACACGAAACAAACAAUAUACAUACAAAACUAUGGGCCAA